UGAUGGAUCCGUAAGAAGGUUCUCUGCUUUCAAUUUUCUAUAUAUACACUGUUGUCUGUUAACACUUGGUGGUUUCCAAAAGAAGAGUUCAAUGGCUAACAAAAGCAAGAUCUUGAUCAUUGGAGGGACUGGUUAUUUCGGGAAGUUCGUGGUGGAAGCAAGUGCGAAAGCUGGUCACCCAACGUUUGCAUUGGUUAGGGAGAGCACAGUCUCUGAUCCAGCUAAAGGAGAGCUUAUUGAGAAUUUCAAGAACUUAGGUGUCACCAUACUUCAUGGAGAUAUUUACGAUCAUCAGAGUUUGGUGAAGGCCAUUAAGCAGGUGGAUGUGGUGGUAUCAACAGUUGGUGCCCUGCAACUAGCUGAUCAGACCAAUAUUAUUUCCGCCAUUAAAGAAGAUGGUAAUGUCAAGAGGUUCUUCCCUUCGGAGUUUGGGAAUGAUGUAGAUCAUGUUCAUGCUGUUGAGCCAGCAAAAUCUGUAUUUGAGACAAAGGCUAAAAUUCGCCGUGCUACUGAAGCUGCAGGGAUCCCCUACACUUAUGUGCCCUGCAACUUCUUUGCCAGCUUCAUCCUCCCCAUAUUGCUAAAAUCAGGAGGCAGUAAAGUCACUAUCCUAGGAGAUGGCAAUGUCAAAGCAAUUUUUAACAAGGAAGAUGACAUUGCAACCUAUACUAUAAAAGCUGUGGAUGAUCCAAGAACCUUGAACAAGACCCUCCUCAUAAUGCCUCCUAACAAUAUUUACACUUCCAAUGAGCUUGUUGCUCUGUGGGAGAAGAAGGUGGGCAAGGCCCUGGAGAAAAGUUAUGUUCCAGAAGAGCAGCUUCUUAAGGAUAUCCAAGCUGCUCCAGUUCCUUUUAAUGUUGGUCUUGCAAUCAAUCACUCUGCCUUUAUUAAGGGUGAUCAGACGAACUUUGAGAUUGAUCCCUCAUGGGGGGUUGAGGCUUCUGAGUUAUAUCCAGAUGUCAAGUACAGCACUGUGGAUGAAAUGCUUGAUCAGUUGGUUUGAGGAAUUUAAACUUUCCGCUUUGAUACUUUACUGGCGAAAUAACCAUUCAAAUGGUUGCAAGUGGAUGUUUCUGCAAAAGUGUUUAUGGUUCUAAUUAUCACUUCUCCAGCCAUACUAAAUUGUUCUGGUUUUUAUAUCUAUGGCAGUGAUCAGUAUGGAUUUAAAGCAAAGUUCUGAGUUUAAUUGUCAACUUCUGAUGAAUAAAACUGCAGAGUGUUCUGAUGA